AUGCGUAACUCAUACUCUGAGGGUGUCGACGAACUAGGAUUGGGCACAAAAGGAAUAGUGCUCAAUCGUGAUAUCAAAAGUUGGUCCAUCAACCGAAAAUUUAUGAUCUCGUGUAUUUCCUCGCCGUCAUUCCUGCGCGAAUCGGUCAAAGGGUCAAUCAAAGUUAUUAAUGAAAUUUUUGAGUGCUGGAAAAUUAUGGAAAGAGAAGGAAUGCAAGUUGACUUCUCCGAAUGGACGGAUGCUUUUGCUGCAAGUGUCGUUACCAUGGCUGCGACGGGAGAAGAAAUUCCUUCGGUGUCAAACCUAUUCAAUAGCUUGAACAUUAAAGAAAAGAAACCGCAAACGCAGGGAAGUUGGAAAGAUGGCGCGAAAUUUCUCGAGGCAAUUUUUACUUAUAAUGAAUCCAUGGCUUUUAUGAUGCUAUUUCCAACAUUCAUUCGAAGAAAUUUUCCCGGCAUCAAAGCCUUAAAUAAAAAAUAUUUGGAUAAUAGGGAUUGGAUAAAUGAUAAGUUGGAAAAGAUGAUCGUCGAAAGAAGAAAGGAGAUCGAACGAACGCCCUUAAAUCAACCUCUCGACCCAACGAUUUUAACUUUGUUGAUUACAACGAAUACAGAAAGGGAUUUGGAAAAAAUUUCGGUUAGCAACUUUGAUAGAUCUCUGAAUGACGAAGAAAUAAGUUCGAUCGUCCGUGAAGUGUUUACCGGUGGGUUGGAUACCACGGCAAAUUCUUUAGGAUUUAUCGGUUUCUAUAUUGCCCAACACCGAGAUGUCUAUCUGAGGAUGAGGGAGGAGGUAUUGAAUGUUUACGGCACAAUAGAUAAUCCUGACCUUACGAUCGAAUCCUACGGAAAACUUAAGUAUAUUGAAGCCGUGAUUAACGAGAGUAUUCGUAUUUUCCCUACGAUAUCACUAAUGUCUCGUGCCGCGACCGAAGAUGUUGAAUUCGAUGGGUUUAAGAUCAAAGCCGACACGGCAGUUUUGUCCGAUUUCAAAGCUUUGAGCAAUAAUCCCAAGUAUUUUAAAGAUCCCGAAGAAUUCAAUCCCGACAGAUUCUUUAAUGACAAAGAAUCAAUAGGUAAAUUCACGUAUAUUCCCUUCGGAAAUGGCGUGCGUAUGUGUCCUGGUCGUGGGUGGGCCAUGGUUCAAAUGAAAACCUUUUUGAUUAGACUCGUUUGUGCAUUUGAUGUUGAGUUGGUCAAUGAAGCUGCCGAUCCAAAGUACUUCUAUGCUACCGCAAAUCGACCUGUAGACAUAAAACUUAACAUUAGAACGAGACAGAAUCAUUCAUAA